CCAGGUGUAACCUUACUGACCAUAACGACUUCACCUGAACUUAAGGUAAAAUUUCGAAGUGACACAAGCCUUGUUCUAAGCUGUAAUUAUUCCGUGGAACACGGAGAACAUAUAUCAGAUAGAGAGAUUAAAUGGCAAAAACAAGUAGGAAAUAGUUUUAAAGAUGUUGCCGUGUUUUCUCCUCCUGGCGGACAAGAACCCUUAAUUCAUCCUGACAUGGCUACUGUUCUUGCAAAUAGGACAAAACUUAUCACAUCAAAUACUAGUGUAUUCUCCAGUGCCACAAUGAUAAUCCACGAUGUUGUCUGCAGUGACGAAGGAUUGUAUCAAUGUUGGAUAGAGUAUUUUGUCUACCCUGUGGAUAAACAGAAAGAAAGCUUCACUUUAGUUACUUUUGAAGCUGAAGCUAAAUCACCGGAAGAUUUUGUUUUGGACCAUCAGGACCAGUUGGAGGAGAAUCAGUCCGUACAUCUUAUUUGUGCUGCUGAUGUUGGAAAUCCGGCGGGAAACAUCAAGAUCUGGAAAGUCCCGGAGAAAACGAAUAUUCCAGAAAUCGUGGUCACUUCACAUUCAUCAAAUAAUAAAACAAAGAAAUGUACCACUUUUCUAAACGUAAUCACAGAGUACAAAGUUUCCAGAAAUGACAACGGGAUAAAAUUUCUUUGUUCUUCACAAAAUGAUCUCACACAGGACCCAGGACCAGGGAGAUACUCACAGAGAAUAUCGGUGCUUUAUGGACCGGGAACGCCAAUAAUAACACUUUUACCUUUCAAAGACAUAUACUACACCGGUGAUGAUUUAAAACUGGAAUGUCUUUCUGACGGUAAUCCGUCUCCAGCAUACGGCUGGACAUUUCUAUCUCUAUCUAUCAACAAAAGGGAAGACGAUAUAAAAUACUUCAUCAGUAACAGGUCUUCAUUGAUGAUAAACAACCUUCAAACCAACAAUUCUGGAAUUUACGCUUGCGUUGCUUCUAAUACGUUCAAUGGGAAGGGUUUUGAAGUAUCAUCUAUUGUAUUUAUAUUGGUUAGAAAUCAGACUGUUAAAGGUAAGUUACAGCACACCUAA